AUGGGGUUCAGGACAAUGCACACCAAGUACCCGUGGACAGCCUUGCUGACUAUGAUGAUGUUCAAGUGGGGAAUAUUCUGUUCCGAGUCUUCGGACAAAUGUUUGUCAUCCCCAUGCCAGAACGGAGCCACAUGUGUGGACACCAUGGACGACUACGUCUGCUUGUGUCCCCGGGAGCCUGUGAUGUACAUGGGCAAGGACUGUGCUGAGCUGUACGACGGCUGUGCCUUCGCACCUUGCGCCAACUGCACCAGCACGCCGGGCACCCAGGAGUACCACUGCGUAUGUCUUCCGGGCUUUGCCGGAACUCACUGCUUGCUGGAUGUGGAUGAGUGUGCUAGCAGACCCUGCGAGGAGCCCCGCUCACGUUGCGUUGACCGUGUAGACGGCUACACGUGCCACUGCCCCCGAGGGCGCACCGGCGACAGCUGCCUGGACGUAUCGGAGGAGUGUGUUGACCAGCCCUGCCUGAACGGUGCUACAUGUCUGGAACAGCAUGACGGUUUCGAGUGCGAGUGCCCCCCUGGCUAUGGCGGCAUCCGCUGCCAUGAGGACGUAGACGAGUGCCAAUCACGGCCUUGCCGGAACGGCGCCAUCUGCCAGGACGCAAUCAAUGCCUACCGCUGCUUCUGUGUGCCUGGGUUCCAGGGGUACAACUGCGAGAUCGACAUCAAUGAGUGUGCGUCGCGGCCCUGCAAGAACAACGGCUCCUGCAUCAACGGCAAGGACCGCUACGCAUGUGUCUGCCAACCGGGGUACACAGGUAUGAACUGUGAGCUGGAAAUCGACGAGUGUAGUUCCAGCCCCUGCCAGAACGGCGCCACCUGCCAGGACCACCUGGACCUGUACAUCUGCACCUGUCUCCCCGGGUACGAGGGUGUGGACUGCGAGGUUGAUGUGGACGAGUGUGCCAGCAAGCCCUGCCUCAACCACGGCACCUGUGUUGACUGGGUGGACAGUUACGAGUGUGACUGCAGUGACACAGGAUUCACGGGCCCCCAAUGCGAGGAGGAUAUCCCUGAGUGCGCCUCAAACCCGUGCCAGCACAACAGCACCUGCGAAGAGGGAGUUAACCAGUACCGCUGCCAGUGCUGGCCAGGUUAUGAGGGCAAACACUGCGAGGUGGACAUCGAUGAGUGCGCUGAGGAGCCGUGUGAGAAUGGGGGCGAGUGUUUCCAGUGGUCACACAAGGCCCAGUACAGUACACUGCUGGGGAGAGACCGGGAGUUCAGCUACGCUGAUGCAGCAGGAUACCUGUGUCGGUGUCAACCUGGCUUCACAGGAGAAAACUGCUCGGUGGACAUCGACGAGUGUGUGUCACAGCCAUGCCAUAAUGGGGGAACAUGCGAGGAUCUGGUGAACGGAUAUGCCUGUGUGUGCCAACCAGGAUUCACAGACACAGAUUGCCAGGUGAACAUCGACGAAUGUGAAGGCCACCCCUGCCAGAACAGGGCUAUAUGUAAGGAUGCUGUUGCAGACUACAUCUGCCACUGCCCUGAGGCCCUGCCUGGGGACACGUACUGGGGUGGCCAUGACUGCGACAUCCCCCUGAUGGGCUGUGUGGGGCACCAGUGCGAGAACGGGGCUACUUGCCAGCCCCAACUCGAGGCAGAUGGGAAGCAUGGCUAUUCCUGUCACUGCCCACCAGGAUUCUAUGGUGACCACUGUCACACACCCACCACCUUCUCCUUCUCCACCCCGGGCUUCAUGAUCAUUAAGGUGCCCCUCACCAACAGGACCCGAAGGCACCUGGCUGUUUCUCAGUCUGGCGUCCAGUUGCGCUUCCGAACCACACUGCCAAACAUGGUGGUGCUCUACAGGGGGGACGUGGAUGACUACCUCUCCCUGGAGAUUGUAGGUGGUGGUCUCCUCGCCAGGGCUGCCAUGGCAGGGGGUAAGCAGCUGGAGGUGAGCCUACCGGGGCCAGUUCAUGAUGGACGCUGGCACCAAGCCAGCGUGACCAUAGGUCAGACCCUUGUGCUGGAGCUUAGUGGGGCUGGCUGCAAGCCUGGGGACUGCAUGAUGGAGGACACCAGUGAUCUGUGGGACUCCUUCCACAUACCAUGGUCUUUCACCCAGCUGUUUGUCGGCGGUGCCCCGGCCGAGUUCCUUGGCAACACUGAGAAUGAGAUUGGCUUCAUUGGUUGCAUGGAGGACCUGUUGGUGGACUCAUUGCCCAUAUUGCCUCAGAGCCUCUCGCAGGACAAAGCCUGGGACAUGGAGCUAGGCUGCAGCAAGACAGAGUGGUGUCAGCUGGAUCCCUGCUCUGGCCAUGGUCACUGUGUGGAUCUUUGGACCACCUUCUUCUGUGAGUGCUACCGCCCGUUCCAUGGGGAAAGCUGCUCAGAGGAGUACCGAUCAUGGACGUUCAGCCACGAGGACACUGUGAGCUAUGUGUCCUACACUGUCAGGAAGAGCCACGGCUCCAACUUCACCAUCUCGCUGUUCUUGCGCUCGCUGAAGCAGGAUGGCCUGGUCUUCCAGCUGAGACAUGAGGAUGAAGCCUACCUGACGGUAUACCUGAAAAUGGGGCAGGUAUCUAUAGAUACUUUGUCUGCUCCACCUGUUGCUGCUCCUGUCUUCGUGACCACUGGGGAGAGACAACUGCUUGAGGUCGAGUUCCACCAGGGCCAAGUCUUCUUCAGUCAGGGUGGCAUCCUGCACUACCAGUUGGAUGACAUCCCUGUGGUGUUUGUUGAAGCAGGGGAUAUUGCCUACGUAGGAGGCUUGCCCCCAGGCGAAGAUGUCGAAGCCUGGGGUGGCAGCUUCAAAGGUUGCCUGCAGGAUGUGCGGCUGGACAAUGUGCGGUUGGACAUUGACCCAUGGAACAGCACGCUCAACCCCACCGAUGAGGAGUCUUACCUACCACACGACAUUGAUAACGUGGAGCCGGGAUGCGUCACUGACGACACCUGUCAGGCGGAGCCAUGUCUCAACGGAGGCAAGUGCACCGUCACCUGGAACAACUUUGUGUGCUUCUGUACUGUCAACUUCACGGGCAGGACCUGUGAGACACGCAUGUGGUGUCCAAGCAAACCCUGUGCUAAGGGGGGCCACUGCAUGGACCUGCCUGGUGGAUAUGAGUGCAUUACUGAAGCCACAUUUGAAAACAACAACUUGCAGUACACUGCGAAGGGCUCCCUUGUCUCCCCGGUGACCGGUAUGGCCAUGGCAUUGAGGACACGGGCAGAGAAUGGCCUUCUGCUGGAGGCAUCUAGUGGGGAAGAGUUCCUCCGCCUGAGCCUACUCAAUGGCUACCUGCUGAUGGAGAUGUACAGCAGGACGAACAAGGAAGUGUUUUCGCUCGCUGGUGAGACUGCUGUUGCUGAUGGCCACUGGCACCAGGUGCAUAUCUCCGCAAUGGACCCUCAACAGGAGACCUCUGUUUGGGCAAUCACCCUGGACAGCAGGACUAAGGCCUCUAGGACACAUGCCUCCACUAACCUAAACUUCCUUAACGAGUCGAAGGUGUCGCUAGCCCAGAGCUUCACUGGCUGCCUUGGGGAGGUGAGGAUUGGUGAUGUCUACCUACCUUUUGUGGAUGACCUCAACCCUCCACAGAGGUCCCGGUUCUUCAGACAGGGAGGAGUCGAUGCUCAGGUUGGAUGCAUAAGCCCACCUGUGUGCUUGUCGCAGCCCUGCCUGAACCAUGGCACAUGUGAAGACAUGUUUGGACUGUUCAGGUGCAUCUGCGCUCCAGGAUGGGAUGGAAAGUAUUGCCAGGACAACAUGGACGACUGUGCCUCAACGCCCUGCAUCCACGGCAGCUGUUAUGACCUGCUGGCAGACUACGAGUGCGAGUGCCUCCCAGGAUAUGGUGGUAAGGCCUGCGAAGAGGAUGUGGAUGACUGCCAGGGCCACGGGUGUCAAAACGGUGGUUCCUGCGUGGACGGACUGGACAGCUACACUUGCAUCUGCCCUCCAGACUUCAGUGGUCCUCUGUGUCAGUGGAGGUUCCCGCCACUGCAAUGCAAGACAGAUGUAAACUGUGUACAUGGCAUAUGCCAUGAUGAGCCCUGGGGGGCCAGGUGCACCUGCAAGGCUGGUUACACUGGAGACAGAUGCCAAGCGGAGAUAAACGAGUGUGAGUCCAACCCCUGCCAGCACGGGGGGUCCUGCUUAGAUCGGAUCAACAGGUUCCAGUGCGUGUGCCUUCCUGGCUUCAUGGGCUCACAGUGUGAGAGCAGUAGGCAGGAGCAGAAGGAGCGAGUGCCCUGGAUGGUAGUAGUUGUCCCGCUGGUAAGCUUCUGCGUGCUGUUGGGUGCCAUCGGCCUGGCCUACAUCAUGCUGACAGCGCGCAGAAAGCGCCAGUCAGAGGGCAUCUACAGCCCCAGCCAGCAGGAGGUGGCGGGAGCACGCCUGGAGAUGGAAAGCAUGCUCAAGGUGCCCCCAGAGGAACGGCUCAUCUGA